AUUGGAACUAUACCAGAGAUUGGAGACAGGGAGGCGGAAGCCAAGUUCCUUCUAGACAUGCAACUAAUCAGGACCCUAGUCCAACUUUCUCAGCUUCCCGGAGGAAACAGAAGACAUUCCAAUCUCUAAGUCUUCUCUUUUAGUCAUUAGUGUGCUUUCUUCUGUUUAUAUCCGUUGUGUUGUUUCUUGAUCAGCUGUCGGUGAUAUUCGUGCAGUAUCAUCCAAUAGUCGUGUGGUACCUGGUGGCGUAUCAGCAAAUGAAUCUGCUGAAGCUCUUAUCGGAAGAAAAGUGUGGACAAAAUGGCCUGAAGACAACAACUUUUAUGAAGCAAUUAUAACCCAGUACAACGCAGUUGCGGUGCUAUUUUUCUAGAAGUCUUCGAAUGUAUUGCAUUUGUACACUAGUUAAAGUGUUUUGUAGUUUAUUGACUUAUUGUGUUUCUCACAGGGUCGGCAUGCUUUGGUGUAUGAUAUAAACGCAAUGAAUGAUGUCUAUUUUUUUUAAUUAUAUCAUAUAUAUUUAAUAUUAUUUUUAUUUAUUUUAAAGAUCCAAAUCCGGAUCCGGAUAUCCGCCGGAUAUUACAAUUUUUAGAAGGAUAUCCGACAUCUGGAUAUCCGAAAACUCCGGAUCCGGAUAAAGAUAGUAAGAUUAUGGAUCCGCCGGAUAAGGAUUCCGAUCCGGAUACCUUAAAAUUGCUUGGAUACCCGAUCCGUUCCGUCUCAGGCCUAGCUUUGACCCGUUUUUACUUUCUUUUUUUUUCCUUUUUUUAAUUUGCUGAAGAAAGGAAAAAGUUUAAUAAUUUUAGCCAAAUAAAUAAGUAACGACAUCAAAAAAUUAAAUCAUAUGAAAAUAAAUCAAAUAAUAACUAGAAAUCUUUGUUUGUUCAUAAUAGAUUUGCACUAAUCCUACUUAGAUCAUCAUCCUUAAGCAAGUUACAAGCUACCCCCUUUCGAAUCUUCUUCCUUUCUCUCUCUCUAUCUCUCUCAAAAACAAACAACAAACAAUGCAAUCUGAUUUCAAACAUAUAAACGUUGUCCCCAUCGGCAACGAGUUCUUCGACCACCUCAACCAUUCCCGCGUUUCCGACAAGAGUCUCAAACUCAACCGUCUCCGAAAACUCUACACCCGCCACGUCACCAACACACACCUCACCUUCCGCAACAAACUCUCCACCAUCCUCCACGACUUCCCUCCCCUCGACGACAUCCACCCUCUCCACACUGAUCUCCUCCGCUUCGUUCUCGACAAAGAUCGUUACAGCUUCUCCCUAGGUCAAGUCAACACCGCCAAAGACUUGAUCGCAAACAUCGCUAACGACUACGCCAACCUUCUCGCGUUCGGUGGAUCGGUUAAAGAGUGUAAAGCCUUGAAAGCGAGCGCUGUUACAGGGAUGUUUAGCGUUGUCAACGAGAUCACUCCUGGUUUGGCUUACCUCGAGCAGUUGAGGCAGCACAUGAUGAAGCUUCCUUUGGUUGAUCCGGACGUGCCGACAUUGUUGGUUUCUGGUUACCCUCAUGCGGACAAGACUUGUUUUGUUAACGGAAUCGUUGAUUUUAGUGCAAAGUCUGUGGCUUUCGAUGUGGGUUUUAGUGGUUAUGAAGGUUCGAUGAGGUGUCAGGUGAUUGAUGGGGUUUUGGAUAAGCCUGUGUUUGGAGAUUGCGAUGUUGUUGUCGACGCUUUGGCUCGUCAUCUUGGGGAUGCUAUUGUGUUGUUCUUUUUGGAUGUUUCUGGUUCGUGUGGUUACAGCGUUGCGGAUCAGGUUGUGUUUUUUCAUAGCGUGAAGGCUGUGUUAGUGGACAGACCUUUGUUGAUUGUUUGUGAUGAGAGUGAUUUGAUGCAAGUGUCCGAAGAAGAUUGGAGAUUGAUUGAAGAGAUGACUGGUGGAGUGGGAGAAGAAGAAGAAGUGGGGUUUAAGAUUAGUGAUUUGAGGAGUGAGGAAGGUGUUAUCUCUGUGAAGAAUGUUGCUUGCGAGAGGCUGUUAUAUCAAAGAGAGAGACUUUGCUGCAUUUCUCUGGAAGAAGCUAGGGUAAUGAGGAACAAAUACACCGUGGCUCAUCAAGAGCUUGAUGAUCAUCAUGAAGUUUCAGACUUGUUUCUUGAUCCAGACGUUUUGUUUAGGCUUGAGGAGCUGGAACACGAAGAAGGAAUAAAGCAGUCUGAGGAAGAACAAGAAGAAGAUGAUGAUGAUGAUGAUUUUGUGAUAGCUGAGGAGCGUUUUACCGAAGAGCAUAAGUAUCAACUUGUUGCCAUUCGCAAGAUACAACCCUUGAGGAUAUUAAUAGCCUUUGGUUUUUGUAUCCUUGUGGGGAAUACUUAUGGAACCGUUCAACAAUGUCUCUCAACUCUAAUUUUUUGAGUUAAAACUAAUGUUGGUUUAACCCUCUACGGAAUUAAGAAUAAUAAAAUAAUAUUUUAAAUUUAAUAUAUAUUUACAAAAUUGGUUUAUUUGCAAUUGAAGAUAAUAUUCAUCUUCCGUAUUUUUUGUUGUACUUGUUACAAAGUAACAAAUAACAUGUCUGUGAAUUUUCUUUUUAAUUGAUGUAUUUUUUUUUAAAUUUAUUUUUUGUUCCACUUUGUUAUAAAAGUAAGUAAAUAAAAAUGCAUAGAAAUAUAGGUUAAAUUCAGUACAUACAUCGUUGAUUAUUUUUCCAUCUUAUAUUUUUUCAAAUAUAUUUCUAAUUUUUUUUAUUAGUUGGACCAAGAUUCACGAGGAAAAUUUGUUUAUAUUAGAUAUUUUUUUAACACUUGUUUGUAUUUUAAAAUGUUAUUUUAUAUCUUAUGUGUGACUCACAAAAAUUUCUUAUUUAUAUUGUUUUAUAUUAAAAUUGUUUAAUAUUAUGAUAUUUGGCAUUAGUGUUGUUUCGUCAAUUAAAAUUCAUAAUAGGAUUGUUGAUAUAGUUUUAAGAGCUUUGAUGGGACUAUUUUAAUUUUGGAGGUGUAGGUAUUUUUGUACAUUUGUCUUAUUUUAGAUCACAUAGUUUAAUUUUACGAUUAUUGUCUUUUUCAUAUUAUUUAUAUAGUGUCUGUUUUUUGGAUUGUAAAAACGCAAUUUAUAAUAUGUAUUUUAAACUAAACUAUUUUUGUUGUAUUUGAUAUAUUUUGGUAUUUUGUUUUCAAAGUGAAUUUGAUUUUUUUUAAAUUAUUUGAUUGUGUAUUUUCACUGAUUAUUGUUAUCCGUUGUUUUAUUUAUGUAUUAAUCAUUGAUUAAUGUUUUCCAUAGUUGCUCUUUAUUCUUUCUUAGAUUAAAUUUGAUACCAAAAAAUAUUUAUUAAGGUUCACAUUUUUAACUUGGUUUGAAGAAACAUCUUAAAUAACGUAAAUAAAUCUUUUUUUUUGUUUUAUGAAAUUUUCUAUUUAUU